GAUAUUUACGUGGCCUUAAAUCUGAACUCUUAUAGUACUAUUUCUCUAUAAGUCUUUUAUAUAUCACUGAAUAAUUACAAUUAUUUAGCGUAAAGAACCGCCGCCAUAUGCACUAACGACACACUGAUGCCUUGAUUAACAAUUUACUUCAUUCCCUACCAUAAGUUGCUGUACAACUUUAGGCGCCUUUCUCUUGGGAAUUUAUACCUGAUUAAAACUUAGUUAAAUACUACUAGCUAGAGUUUUACAUAUCUUGUUUGGAGAGACUAACUCUGUUGAUGAUUAAUUUUUUUCAUAGAUUUUAAUCUAAUUUCUUAGGGACCUGUGAUCUUAUGGACCAAUUUGUGGAUCAAAUGAUAAACAUAAAAAAAAAAAAAAAAAAAAACUAGCUAGUCUAAUCGGCUCUCACAUGAUCGACGUGCUUGGCACAGUUCUAUCGAAAAUUUUCGUCCAUAUUCACCAGAUUUCCUGUUUUAUUUCUGAUCGCACAAUAAUUAAAUUCACAUUAUUCAUACCUUUGUGAUUCGACAAACCCAAAAAGUACCUGACCAACCGGUUUAAUAAACUCGAAUAUGAUGAUUAUUAUUGUACCAUUUAGAAAAAAAAAUACAUUCAAAGAUUUUUAAAUAAUAAAAAGGUUUCCAUAAACUUUGCAAAGCCGUCUCUAUAUAAUAUAUAUAAAUGACAUCACGAAAUAAUCACAACUUAUAACCACCAAUAAUAAAUCAAGAACCCUCUCUCGAUCAGAGUUUUUUACUAAGACCCACCACUCUUAUUAUUCUUCGUCUCAACAAGUUAUAUAUAUGACGAGUAAAAUAGUGGCCGCCGCUGCAGUUGCGACCGCGGUGGUGGUGAUCAGAGAAUACGAUGAGGAAAGGGACAAGCGUGACGUGGAAGAUAUGGAACGAAAAUGUGACGAAACCGGGAAUCAUGGCAAACCGGUAAUGGUCUCUGAUCUAUUGGGCGAUCCGGUUCGUCGCGUUCGUCAUUUUCCGUCUCACACUAUGUUGGUUGCAGAGUACGGAGAAGGAAGAAAGAUAGUGGGAGUUGUAAGAGGAUGUGUUAAAACUGUGACUAGAGGCAACUCUAUAUUUGUCAAACUCGCUUAUGUUCUUGGUCUUCGUGUUUCACCUUCCCAUCGGAACUUAGGCAUAGGAACGAAAUUGGUGCAAGCACUUGAAGAAUGGUUCAAGCAACAAGGCGCAACCUACGCGUACAUGGCCACUGAUUGUACCAACGAGCAUUCCAUUAACUUGUUCACCAAGAAAUGUUCCUAUGUCAAAUUCCGUACACCGACAAUGCUGGUUCAACCGGUUCACGCCCACACCAAACCGAUCAGUUCAGAUGUCGCAAUUCUCCGACUAACUCCCCAAACCGCCGAAUCAAUCUACACCCGGAUUUUCAAAAACUCAGAAUUCUUCCCUAGUGACAUUGAUGCAAUUUUAACCAGCCGCAACAGCUUAGGAACGUUUAUAGCCGUGCCAAAUGAAAAACACGGUCCCAAAUCAAAUUGCUUAGACCGCGAUAUCCCGGCUAAUUUCGCGAUACUAAGCGUUUGGAGCACCAAAGAUGUAUUCAGGUUGCAAAUGAAAGGCGUUUCCCGGUUAACACACGCGUUUUGCUCCGGUUCGAGAUUUUUGGAUUCUUGUAUGCCAUGGAUGAAAUUACCUUCGUUCCCUAACGUGUUCGACAAGUUUUGGGUUUAUUUCAUGUAUGGCAUGCACAUGGAAGGCAAAGACGGUCCACGGCUCAUGAAAAGUUUAUGCUCCUUUGUGCACAACAUUGGGAGAUACGACAGAGGAUGUGGAGCGCUAGCGGCAGAGCUUAGCCCAUCAGACGCAGUGGCUUUAGUCGUUCCUCAUUGGAAACGGCUUUCGUGGGCUCAAGAUCUCUGGUGCCUCAAGAAACUCUCCGAUGAACCUGAACUGUCUGACUGGACUAGGUCGAGAUAUACUUCGGUGAUUUUUGCUGAUCCUCGUGAUAUCUAAUGAAUGCUUGAAAUUAAAAAGGGUUUAACUUUAUUGUACAUAAAGAUGAUUAAACAACAUUAAUGUGACUCUUUACUUUAAGACUCUGUUCGAAGUUUUAGGUAUAGGAGAACAUUGUAAGUACUCAGCUUAAUUUCUCUGUAUCAAGUGCAUCAAAAUCAG